AUGCCUCCUAGGAAGACAUCCCAGCCUCCGCCCUAUGUUCGAGCAUCUAGGUCCUCUCCUAUCCGCCGAAAACAGCUUCAGUUGGGGGGACUCAUCUUGUGCGGUGUCAUAUUGAUAAUGUUCUUCGGCUCUACUUUAUUCAAGCCAGGUAAAGAGCGGGCACCAACAGGAACACCGGAGGUUGUCGUAGUCACAUUUUUAGACGAUGCUAUAAUGAGCCCAGAAUACAGACAGAAAGUAAUGGAGAACCGUAGGUAUUAUGCGGAGAAGCAAGGUUAUGGUGUUUUCUUUCCCAAUGCUAGCGAUUACGACCUUAACAACUCCCCUCGAACUUGGACGUUGGUCCCCGGGACUCGACACGCCAUGGCUGCAUUUCCACAUUCAACCUAUUUCUUCUCUCUGUCACCCCACGCACUCAUCAUGGAUCCUUCGGUUAAUCUAGAGGAGCAUCUUGUUGGUAAAAAGAAACUAGAAUCCUUAAUGCUCCGCGACAAGCCUGUUGUCCCUCCAGACAGCGUGAUUAAGACCUUUGCCCACCUCAAAGGUGACAAGAUUGAUUUUAUCGUGACCCAAGAUAAUGAGGGUCUAUGUCAAGGAAGCUUUGUCAUCAGGAGAGGCGAGUGGGCCAAAUUCUUCCUCGACACUUGGUUCGAUCCAUUGUACCGGAGCUACAAUUUCCAAAAAGCCGAGGGGCACGCGUUGGAACAUAUCGUGCAGUGGCAUCCUACUAUCCUCACAAAGCUAGCGCUUGUACCUUUAAGAAUAUUGAAUACCUACAACGUCGACAUCGCAACUCGUGGAGGUCAAGAUGUCAUGUACAAGAGAGGUGAUUUCCUGGUUCGGUUGGAAACUCGAGAUGAAUUAGGCAAGCUAGCUAAUGUUGUGCAAAUACUCAUGAAUGAAGUUUAA